AUGUAUAAAAAAUUUUGUAUAUUUAUGAACUUUAUUCAAGGUAUUUCUAAAAAUCAGUUUUUAAAAUCAAAUGUAACAGGAAAAGUGAAACAGACAAACAAAACAUUAUUUGCUUCUCAGGAACAAGCGAUUGUUCAUGUAUUAAGCUUGUUAAACAAUACUUUUGUAACAUUAACAACUUUAGAUGGAAAAACAUUAGCAUGGUCUUCUGGAGGUACUGAAGGUUUUAAAGGUUCACGUCGUGCUACAAGUUAUGCUGCGCAAUCUAGUGGUGAAACUAUUGGUAGAAUUGCACUAGAAAAGAAGCUUUCUGUUGUGAGUGCUUGUCUAAAAGGGCCUGGGUACGGGAAAGAAGCUUCUCUCCGAGGUUUAAAAAUGGCUGGUAUAAAAAUAGUAAAAAUUAAGGAGGUGAGUUCUAUUCCACAUAAUGGAUGCCGUCCAAAAAAGAAACGUCGCGUGUAA